AUGUCAUCUCAAAAUUUUUUGAAAUUUGGUGUGGAGUUUGAGGGGAGUGGUCAGCUCUUCACCUUUGAGUGUCCAGCUGUGUACGAUGAUAUUAUUUACAAGGUUUCGCAGCAGUUUGGUAUACCUCAAUCCGAAACCUCCAAUUACUGUUUUCGUAAAACAGAACACUCGGGUACAAUUGAAUAUUAUACGACUGAAGAGAACUGUCGUAUAAGGACUGGAGAUGUUGUUCAACUAGUUGAAAUUCCAAGUAGAGCAGUGGAGAAGUUUAUUUCAAAUUUGAAUCAAGCAUUGGAUUGUUUAGUUGAUAAUAGGAAUACUACUACUAAUACAUUUGUUAAUAGUAAUUGUAACCCAUUACAUCAUUUGUAUGGACCAUUUAAGCAAUUACUGAUGGAAUUAGCCAUUGUUUUGCAAUGUAAACAAUUUAACCGAGAUUUUGUUAAAUGUGAAGGUCAUUGUAAACUCUUCAAACUUGUUGAAUGCAUUGAUAAACUGGACAAAAAGUUUCAUGAUGAAAUUUGGUCAUAUCUCUUAUCCUGUCUAAUUGAAUUAUCCAAUUAUGCUAUAACUAAUCGAUUUACUAUUAGUAAUAAUGCCCUGAAUAACGAUAAUAAUAACAAUAAUAAUAUAAAGUUAUAUCCUCAUGAAGUUUGUUUUACAGAAGAAAAUAAUGAUUCUAAAAAGUAUUUAUCUGAAGAAAUGUUAAUUCAACAAGAUGAAAAUAUUAACCAAAUCCAGUACUCAUCAACAAUUCUACCAAUGAAGAAUGUUUAUGGAAUAGAAGAGUUUUUCAGUUGGCAAUUAGUAUCAGAUGAAUUUUUAUCUGUGAUAAUUGAACAUUGUAGGAAAGAAACUAAUUUAGAGUGUCUGCUAAAUGAAAUGAAGUUAUUAUUAAAAAUAAUUACAGACUAUCCUGUACAUAUUCAAUAUGUUACUAAACAAACGGAACAAGGAUUUGUAUUGGAUUUAUUAAAAAUAAUUCAAUCAAACAUUGUUGGUUAUAAAUCUACUGUGAAUUAUAAUUCAAUCCGUUUGGAAACAUUACGAUGUGAAAUACAAAAUCUUAUUAUGCAAUUUUUAUAUGUUAUAUUUUAUUAUGGGAAACAACAAGGUCAUUUGAUAUGCUUAAUACAUCAGUUUUAUGAAAAUAUACAAUUUACUGAAUGGAUUCCAGAAUUACGCGAUCGUUCACUUUGGGAAUUAAUAAUCAAUUCAUAUUAUCGAAAGAAAUAUCAUUUUGAUUAUUCAAUGAUGGAAACAUUUAGUUCAUGUUUACCAUCAUCUGAUGAUAAUUCUGAAAAUACUAUGGUGUUAAAUUUUUUAAAAGAUUUUUCAAAUUUUCUUGAAAAUGAAGCAUUAUGUAAAACAGAAUGCUUCCAGAAUAAUAAUGACAAUAAUAAUAUGAAUAUUUACAGUCCCAGUAUUGAUAAUGUUGAACAAGAACCACAUCAACGUAUAUUAUCACACCGAUUGAGUAAUAAUAGCAGUACUACUAACACUACUAAUAAUGGUUAUAACAUUAAACAAUCCAGUAUCCAAUUACUAAUUUCAGUAUGUCGAGUACAACAACUAAUUAAUAGUUUAUUAUUUACCAGAAUGAAAACGCCAUUGGCUCGUACAUCCGAAGAAACCGUUGAAAAAAUGAAACAACUAUGUUCAGUAGUGUAUUUUGAUAAGUAUACAAUUAAUCCAACUGAGCAAUGUAUUGAAGAAGCGUGUAUUAAACUAGGUUUCAAGAUACCAACUGAUCCAUAUGCCGAUUUUGAGAAACCACCAGGUACACUUGGAUUUCAAUGUAUUUAUAAUUAUAUAAUGAAAAAUAGAAAUAAAGUUAUUGAUAUGCUUAAUUAUGCUUACCCAUGUCAAAAAAAUUCCUAUUUAACCAAUAACACCACUAAUAAUCAUUGUAAAUUGUAUCAUUUAUCAGAACUCAAUAUAUUAUCUUCUUUGAAUGUGAAUAGCAAUAAUGAUAAUAUUAAUGUGAAUGAAAUUAGUAGUAAGUCGUCACAACAACGUGUUCAACGUCAUUUUUCCACUGUUGAUUCAAAUUCUAUUCAAAAUAUAUUACAUACUACUCAUUUACAUGAUGAUAGUAUACAAAAUCAACGUAAUAAUUUUAUUGGACGACGAUUUACACUGGAUUCAUUAAUAGCAACAUCUAAUUUAUCACAAUCAUUUAAACCAAUGAAAGAGUAUUAUAGUCAUAAUAGUUUUUCAUGUAAUUAUUCCAUUUCAUCAUCUUCUUCGACAAGUUCAUCAUUGAUUGAUAAGAAGCCAUUAUUUCCAAUUAUUGAAGCUGCUAAUGCUGUGACAAGUAUGCUGUGUGAAUUGCUUACAACUAAUGAUACAAUUCAUGAACCAAAUAUUAUCAUAGAACAAGAUGAUAAGGAUUUUUAUCUUUCAUCACCGUUAUAUCCAAUUUUACUUAAUAAAUCAAAUAAUAAUACUAAUCAUUAUCAAAGUAAUUUAUCAUCAUUUGAAGAUAUAUUCGAUUGUGUUUUUUCAAAAUUUUUCUCUUCAUGGACUCAAAUGAAAGCUGUUUCCAGAAGAUUUGAUUGCAAUUUUAUGCGUGGUACGAGAACAGAUAA